UUGACAUUUAAAUAAAUAUACAUGACCUAACCACUAACUACAUAAGAGACUGAAGCCAAAAUACUUAAAAUUUUUGAAUCGAAACAGAUUUUAUUUAAGGUCCAUACGCAAGAAAAUUUGAUAUUUCCUUUACUAAUGAAAUAAAUUAUUCCUCUGUAAAAUGGAGAAAGUUACGAAGUCUUUUGAUGAUUUAAUAAAUGCAAUGGAGAAAGAUAACCGGGGGGCACAGAUUACUUGUUAUUCAGUAGCUCUCCUUGGAUUGACAGUGGCUUUAAGGAAAGUGAGACCUUUAAGCCGUUUUCGCAAACCGUCCGAUAUUCCAAAUCAUUUUAUAAAAGAAAAAAGAGAACUGACUGGACACGUUAAACGAAUCGAUCCAAAUGGAGGAUUGCUAAUCAUUGAACACAAACCCCUGGUAGCCUUGCCUAUAAUACCUUCAGGAGAUCUGCCCGUUAAAAUUUCUGGAGUUAGAGUUACUGGAUUAGGAACCACUUGGUUACAGUCUGUUGUUGCCGACAAGGAAGUUACAUUCAUACCUGUAUCCAAAGACAAAGACUUUGUGCAAUGCCAAGUUUUACUGCCACAAACUACUAAAGAUGAAAAGCGACAAAUCAUCAACAUUGGAGAAAGUUUAGUCAAGAUAGGUUUCGCACUUCCUGAGCAUAUCGAAAAACCACUUUCCGAAGAUCCGUUCUUCCUAAGAUAUUACGGCCUACUACUGAAAGCUGAAAAAGUUGCAUUGCGCAAACAGUUAGGUCUAAAAUAUUACAUUAUACCCACGAAGAAAUUGGCAAAACAAUUUAACGAAUUAUUUCUCGCUCUAUUUGUCCAAACCAAACAAAAGGUUCCUAAAUUGAUUGAAAAGAUUCCAAAGGCAUACCAAUCAUAGCAAUCAAGCAACCGUUAGAUGCCCUUGUUGCUGUUUUAGUGUCAUAGAUUAUCCUGUGUUAUUGUUUUGAUUAUAUCCGAAUUCUAUUUUAUUAAUAAACGUUUGUACCUUGC